GCACAUGCGAGCCGUCAGGGCCCGCGCCAUGAUGUACGACGGGACGGCCACGACAUGCCUACGCGUCCUUGCCGCGUCGCUCAAGGACAAGGAGCAGCAAUGGCUACAAUGGGCUAUCGACGAGAACAACUGGAGCCGCACGCGUCUUACGAACGACGACCUCGACGCGCUCGAGGCGCUCUUCUACAAGCGCUUCAUCGGCGGGCGGUCCGCGCGGGGCCGCCUGUUUGAAAACGUCGAGCAAGGUGGCAGCGCCCUCGAUGGGUACGAGCGCGUCGACGAGUAUCUGCAACGGGUCGCCGACGUCGCCCGGGUGGCAGGCCGCAGCGAAGACGAAGAGUUCAUGAUCGAGAAGGCACGCGAUGGACUUACGGAUCCAGACAUUCGCAUGGUCGCCGCCAGCAUGGACGGACCGAUCACGGCUGCGUGGGAACCCUUUAAGAAGAGCGCCAUGGCCGUCGACGAGCUACUGCGAUCCGGAAGACCACGACAAGACGCCCUGAGAAACGCCGCUGGGCCCGACACGACGACGACGUCCGCGAGCACGAACGACCAGAGCGCCGGCGAGGGCAGCUGGGCCUUCCGCGCGCCAGUCGCCCAGACAACACACCUGCACCCGUCGCCUGCGCAGUUUCCCGUCACCGGCAACCCGGAUGCGCCGGUUUUUGGGCGAGACCGCCGGUAGG